AUGUCCUCGUCAUCGUCGUCGUCGUCGUCGUCGACGGCAAUCCCCAACGCAGUCGCAGCCCAAGGGCUGACGACAACCGCAGCGGCUGUCAGCACGACUUUGGAAGGACCGGCUGGCGCAGAGGUGUCGGUGGCCCCAACGGUCGCCGAUAGCGCCGAUGAGAUUUAUCUAGAUGAUUGCACGCGCUCGCUUGGCGCCUUUGCCGACAAGGUGGGCCUGUGGCUGAAAGCGAUCGCGGGACACGACUCCAAGUCGCACGGCGCCGCCUACUCGUCGGUGUUUGGCGGUGGCUGGCGGCAGCGCGAUGUGGAUGCAGUGCGCAGCGGAAAAAUCAGCGAGCGACUUUGCGCGGCAAUGGAAUCGCCGGCCUUUUAUGCCGAAUACUCCUCCAUGGUGCUCCAUGCCGCGGGCACCCAAAGCGACAGCCUGACGCUGGCCGUGGAGCCCAGCGUGUGGGACGACAAGACCCAGGUCCAGCAGAUCAACUGGUUCCACACGCCCUCUGGCGCGUUCUGCCUCCGCCAUGUCGCCGCGGCCGUCAGCGAUCCGGCGCUGCGCCGGCGCGUGUCGGCCCUCAUGAAGCGGGCCACGCAAUAUUUUGCGCGCGAGCAGGUGGCGGCAACGACGUGCAGGACUUGCCUAGACGGCAGCGAGCGCGCGCUGAACCCCGCGCAGGCCAUUGCGCAAAUGAGGGCCGUGACGGCGUACGGCCAGCGGCUCGCCUCCGGGUCCGGAUAUGAUACCGACUACUUUCAGUAUCAUGCCUACGGCCCGCUUUAUCUGGUCGCCUUUGCGUGGCCGCUCUUGCUCGCGCUCGACGGCAAGAGCCUCGACUCGGCUGCUGUCGGCGCACAAUGUUUUCAAGUGGCUAGCUCGGUGAGCUCGCUGUGCGCCGGCGACAAUCGGACGCAACAGCGCAGCAGCGCAAGGGGCGCCGACGCUCAACAUACGCAUGACAUCAACCACCCCGACGGAUGGGCGGCUUAUGUGGAUUCGUGGGCACAAGCCCCGAUGAUGGCCGACUCCAUGGCGCUCUAUCAGGAUGCCGAGCGCAAUCACGACAGCAGAGUGAUGCGCCAUUAUUGGAAGGCUGCCACCGCGGACACGGCCAAAGAGAGGGCCAUUACGAUCCAAGCGCGCUAUUACCACAGCUCCGAAACCAGCGUGCCGAUUUGGUCGUCUUCUUUGUCGCCGCCCGAUGCAGCAGCUGCGGCGGAGCGGAUUAUGGGCUUUGCCAUGGCCGAGCGCGACACGGCGAUCUUUGACGGUUCCGUUUUUGUUGUUGAUUAUACCGCGCGCAUGGAAGGAGACAACGACGACGACAAGGUGGUCAACUACGUGAUGACACCAACCCGCGAUCUGUACCUACCCAACGUCGCCGACGUUUUGGCCUACGUGGACCAAGAGGCUGUGCACGAUCCGACAAUCGUCACUCGGCACAUGCAGGCCGCACGCAUCCUGGCAGCCGUGAUUGAGCGCAAAAACGCCGGAGUCCAAGAGCAAAUGGGCCAGACAGUGUGGUUUGGCCAGAAUCACAAGAGGCGUGCGGCCUUGGUCGAACCGAUUUUGCUUGCGCUUGCUGAGCACGCAGCACGCUCCUCGUCAGAACAUGUCUCCUCGCCAAGCCGAGAGACCCUAGGCGGUGUGGAGCUGCCCGGGCGUGAUCCCGUUGCUUUUGGCGAAGACCACGCCGAGCACAAGGAGGCCGGCGGUGCCGAGGCCGCGGCCGCUAGCGAGGACAACACCGAUGUCGCCGCCGACCAACAGGCAGCUGAGCCGCCCGUUGGUGGGUGCCUACUCUCCUAG